AUGCAUUUCUUCCCAAAAGCAGACUCAACACUCCUCUCCUCUACUAUCGACUACGCACUUCCUCCACGUCCCAAGGCCGUCGGCCCUAUUUUCGAUGCAAACAACUUCAAAACCCCCGUAGGGCCUUGGGCUCCUGAUGUCGAUUCCGAAUUAUACCCUCCGAAAGAAGACCCCUAUGCGCCAUCCGCGAUACCCGCCGAACCAUCAUGUCCUCCCUCCAAAUACCCACGGUGUCGAUUGGCCAAGAACGAGCGAUUGAGAUUGUCGAUGCUAUGGUAUUACACGCGGGACAUUGAUGAGGAAGUUGAGCUUCUUGCGGGUUUGCAGGAGAAGGCUUGUCUUGCGCAGGAGAAUUCUGGCUGGGAGUAUGCUGUUGUUGGAUUGCUUGAUGCCAAUGUUUACGUCCGUCUGGCUACGAACGUCUUCCUCCUCCCGAACAUGCUCGAAGACUGGCGCUUCCGAGAGUCGCCGUAUGUCGAGCAGGGCGGCCUCGUAGCUUACGCCGGCGUCCCUCUUCGAAUGCAGCACGAAUCCGGUGAAUCCGUCGGUCUGGGAUCGCUUUGUGUUGCGUCGGCAACGAGCAAACCUCCGCUGUCGAAACACCAGCAGCUUGCGCUUGCGAGAUUGGGCGACUGGGUCGUGGCUGAUAUAGUACAAUGUGCACGAGCACGCCGACAGCGAGAACGACAUCGAUUGAACGAGCUUAUCGCGGCGUUGCAGCGAGAACCCGACGGCGAUGAUGUACAAGAACCGAUCCUUCGAGUACUCCAACAAGCGUAUCCCGAUGAAAGCGUCACGUUACAAUCCGCCGGCACCGACUCGUUUGACCACAACGUUCCAUACCCCGCGACCGCCUCCGAUUUAAAACACGGCUUGUGGGAAGACGAUGAAUACAUUGAGGAGUUUAUCGCGACGUCAAAUUGCGAGGAGCCACCCAAGGACAGGGUCGUCCGCUUCAUCUCUGCACAAUGCGAGUCGAAAUCCGGCCCAUCAGUCCUCGUCGUCGCGACCAAGAAGUUCCGACGAAUCUUUGACGACGUCGACUCCUGGUUCGUCCACACGUGCGCUACCCUCCUCACCCAACGAUGGCAGAAGCGUCUCCUCGCAGAGGUUAUGCGCGCAAAAGAAAAGUUCCUCCGCGGCGUAUCUCACCAGCUCCGCACGCCGAUCCACGGCAUUCUCGGCGCCGCUGAGCUUUUGACCGAGGAUCUGCGAGCGUUGACUCUACCUGGGAGUACGCAGCUGCGGCCGGGCGUGGAGGAACUCAUGAAGCCGCUCGCAGAGCUGGGCAAGUCGUCUGUUUAUCUAGAUACCAUCUCGACGGCAGGCCGCGAACUCAUGUCCACUGUCAACAGCAUGAUUACGCUCAACCGAUGGGCCGAUAUCGCUGCUGCGGACCGACAAUAUGCGACGCAUAGCAUUCAAGAGUUGGAGGAUACGCUCGUCAAGGACUCUUCGGACGUUACUCUUCGAGACACACGAACGAGAGCACCUGUUUUCUUCCACCACGACUUAUCGCCCGAUUGUGAAAGCCUCCGUAUCGAUAUCGACCUCUUCCGCGAUAGUAUCCUGCCCGUCAUCGUCAACGCUAUACAAAAUACCCUCGAAGGCAUCGUCGCCGUUACAUUAUCCUACGAACAAGAUACAAAAACACUCGUCGUCGACGUUGAAGAUACGGGAUGCGGUAUACACCCAGAUGAUCAACGUCGCAUUUUUGAGCUGUACGAGAAGGUUGCCGAACACUCCACCGGCGCAGGCUUGGGCUUGACCCUCGCUGCCAAGUUCUCUGCUUUACUGCAUGGUUCAAUUGAGCUGGUGUCGUCGGAGGUUGAUCGCGGGUCUCAUUUCCGUGCUACUUUUGGCGACAUCCGUUGCAGGACUUCUACGCCAUCUCCUACGAUUGCUUCACAACUUAAGCAUCUACCGUUGAGAUUCCGUCACCUACAUUCCGAUACACCUGAAGUACACCUUUCUUCGCACCUAGCUGGAUAUCUCACCUGCAACGGCUUCUCUUUCUCGAAUAUCCCGACCGAUUGUUUGAAUGUUAUGGACUACAUUCGUGAUCCGGAGGAGCGAAGGAAGUACCACGCGAUGCUACCGAAGGACCAAGUCGCGAUCUGCCUUGUGCCCGACUCGGAAGAGACGGAGACUUCUCAGUCGACACCGAACAUCAUUUUCGUCAAGGGCCCGUUCUGUACCUCGUCACUCGACGCUGCGCUCCGACAGGCCGACGAGCUGUGCUCAAAAAUGCACCCGUCAAACCCUCCUCAGCCCACAACUCAACCUCCCACACAAGACGAUCACGUCCCGCCAUGCGACAUCGUCUCAUCAACAGACGAAGGCUACGGUUCCCGCGCCAGCUUCUCUCAUAACGGCUCUCCAACUCCUCAAGUCGGAACCGAAGACUUGCCUCACGACACCGAGCAACCAGUGCCACGAGUUCUCGGGCCUGAUAAGACAGCCCCCCAAGACCUCCCCAUCCGCACCCAGCCACAUACCUCAAAGCCCAUGACCCUUCUAGUAGACGAUAACGCAAUAAACCUUCGCAUUCUAGAAAUGUACUGCAAAAAGCGCGGCCUACCCUACCGCAGCGCAAUCGACGGCCGCCAAGCCGUCGACCUAUUCACUCAAUUCCAAAAUUCUCCCUCCACCGACCCUCCUCCCUUCGAUCUCAUCCUCAUGGACCUGCAAAUGCCCGUCUGCGACGGUAUUAGCGCUACCCGACAGAUCCGCGACCUAGAAAAAGCCGGUGAUAAAAAGUCGGUGCUGUUUAUUGUUACGGGGCAGGAUAGCCAGAAUGAUCGGGAGGCUGCGAGUGCGGCGGGGGCGGAUAAUUAUCUUGUUAAGCCUGUUGGGAUUAAGCUGUUGGAUGAGAGUCUGAGAACGUACUUUCCUGGGUUGAUAGCUUAG